UCACUGGCACGGCUACUGCAAUAGCAACUACCACCACUACGACUACUGUUAUCACCACCACGAUUACUACAACAGCUGCUACUGCUGCUACUAGUAUUAACUAUUACUACUACUAUUAAAACUUGCCCUGCUCAGAAAGCCGCAACUUGAAACAUUUAAUCUUCCUUCUCACGUCGUAGUUUUUCUAAACGGGAUGCGAAAAGACACGAGAAAAAAUAAGCGGAGUACAUGAAAGGCAGCUAAAUACAAAAAAAAAAAAUCAAUGGUAACUGACAAGCUGAGCACCCAACCAGAACGACUGACCUAUGCAAAAACAAAAACAAAAACAAAAACAAAUCUUACAAUUUAUAUGUAUAUAUGUGUGUAUAUCACAAUUUAGAUGCAGCGCAACAGCGUUUUCAAUGACCAGGUCGCAAUUUCGCGCGACGGAAAUUUUGGUACCAUAUUACUAAUAAUAGAUGUUUAAGUGAAAUUAACGGAUUUUGGAAGGCUAACAUGUGUCUUGCACGUUGUGAUCGUUUUAGUUUCAACACACGAUCUCAGAUUAAAACACUUGCCGUGAAAGUACAUCUCCAUACCAAUGGAUUUUAUUUGUGAGGAAAAUAAAUGUGGAUUGCUUAUACAUUAGAAGGUUAUCUUUACCUGCGUGGCUAAUAAAGAAAUCUUUUACCUUACGUGAUCCAAUUGAGAGAAUUCUAAUGAAAUUGUCCCACAAAUAUUCUCAGGCGUUAUGUUUCGGCAUUGCUGCAAAACACUUCGGACGCAAACAUCAUAACCUUGCAGGUGUUCUAUUUCUUUUCUUCAUACUAUGGCUUCUAUUACAGGUAAAUGUGACAUCAAUAGUAGAUUUUGCAAAGAAAUCUGCUCAAUAUUCUGGACAGAACAAAGGUUUUGGUUAUGACAGCAAUGGAAAUGCUAUCUUGUCUCUACUAAAACAAAAUAUAUCUGCAUGUGAUGGCUCUUUUGUUGGCUAUGGAAAUGAGUUUGCAUUUUUCAAAAAUAUUGUUUUGAACCCGUCUAAAAAUGCUGAAUUUGUUCAGGAAACUACUGACAAACAGUGGACAGCACCGAAAAAAAUAGUUUUUUCUGAUGGCUAUUUCUCUGUAAAAUGUAAAAAAAAGCCAUCAUAUGAGUUUAGAGGAAAUAACCAUCUUAACAAAUGGUUUUCUGUUACUCAAUUUCAGCCGGACAUUAUCAAAACUGUAAAGAUAGAACCACGUCUUACAAUAGCUAUUGAACGUUAUGAAUAUGCAAAUCUUUUUCAUUCCAUGACUGAUUUUUACAAUGCCUUUUUAAUGAUGAAGAUUUUCAAUAGUACACCUGCUGAAACAAAUAUUUUACUUCUCGAUAACCAUCCUAAAGGUCUACUAAUUAGCAUAUGGUACCAGUUGUUUAACAAUGUUAUCUUCGCUAAAGACAUCAAGGAGCCUACUACAUAUAACAAUCUAAUCUGGAGUAUUAUGGGCUACAACAGUCCUCUUUAUCCUUGUGGAAAAACACCAAUAUUAUCUCAAAUCGCCUUUAGUAUACUGAAUGACUGGACACCCUUAUGGAUGUACACAAAUUCAUUAGUCUCAUAUUUGUCUAAUUUUAAAAAAUUCUUUCUUGGACAGUACCAUAUUCGAGACUAUAAGAAUCUGAACUGUCAAAACCUUUCAGUUUUAUUUAUAUGGCGCCGGGACUAUAUUUCACAUAUACAUAAUCCUUCAGGGCUCAUUACUCGAAAAAUAAAAAAUGAAAAUGAACUAUCAGUAACGAUUCAGAAUCUUCUCAAAGGACAUCUUGUAAGAGGGGUACAGCUUGAUAAACUCCCUGUUAAGGAGCAACUUACUUUAAUUUCCACAACUGAUAUUUUGAUUGGCAUGCAUGGUGCUGCUUUAUCUUUUAGCCUCUUUUUGCCAGACCAUGCUGCUCUUUUGGAACUCUAUCCCCGCUACUGGCCAACAACCAAUCUUCAUUUCCGCAGCAUGGCACAUUGGCGGAACCUUACAUAUCUUAGUUGGCAAAAUGUUGAUUACCUGUAUGAAAAAAAAUAUUUUUACACUUAUAUUCCACCUGUUAUUCUUAGCAAAAUGGUCAAAGAGGCCCAAAAUAAACUGUGCCCUCAUUUAUAACAGCCAUUUGACAUCAUCUAAAUAGUUUGUACAAUGAAAGAUCUCAAAUUCAGAAUGAUGCACAAGACUUAUCAUCAUUGUUUAACGUCCGCCUUCCAUGCUAGCAUGGGUGGGACAGUUUCACAAGAUCCAGCCAGGCCAAAGCCUGUACCAGACCUCUGUGACUGUUUUGGCAGGAUUUUUACAGCUGGAUUAAUACCAACCUCUCAACAGAGUGGACUUAGUGCUUUUUAUGUGGCAUAGAGUCAUGAACUUGCCAACAAUUAAUUCAUUUUUUUUUUCAAACAUAUCAAAAUGUGUAUUCAAUUAUGUUCUUAUCAUUAUUUUUUUUAUGAUAUAUUUCAUUGUGUGAGUAUGAGUAUGUAUGUGUGCAUGUGUGCAUGCAUAUGUGUGUGUGCAUGUGUGCAUGCAUAUGUGUGUGAGCAAUAAGUUCUUAAGAAACUAGUAUGAUAAUCUAGUUUCAAUCUGUGCUCAGAAUCAUUUCAAUUUACUUCAACAGGAAUCACACUGCUGGAAAAAAAAUACUUGUUUUCAAUCAUAUACUUUUAUGUUCCAUGUUCAAACCCCACUGAGUUGAGUUUGCCUUUUAUUCUUCAGGGAUCAGUAACAUAACUAAAAGGCAAGUGCAGGAAUUAUCCCACUCCAAUUUAUACCACCUCUUCCCUACAAAAAUAUGUAGCCUUCUGCUGCAACUAGAUAUUAUUAUGAUUAGUCAAUUUGACUUAGGUUUGUUCUUAUUCUUUGUAGAAUUUACUACUUGUCAACUUAGAUAUCCACAAGCUUUCAAUAAUCUUUCAAGUCCUCAAAACCCUUCUGAUAAUCCUUCCUACCCUUAAAAGGGGACUGGACAAAAUGUUUAGUGCCAUUUCUUCUGGCUUUACAUUCUGAUUUCAAACUCUGCCAAGGCUGACUCCCUUUCAUCCUUUUGGACAGGGGUCAAUGAAGUAAGUACCAGUUAAGUUUAGGGGUUAAUGAUGUCAAUUAGCCUCCUUCCCCCAUAAUUUCAGGCCUUGUGUCUGUGGAAGAAAGGAUUGUUGUUGUUUUAUUGUUCUUGUUAAGUCUGAUGAGUGCCAUGGCAGUGAGCUGGCAGAAUCAUUAGCAUGCCGGACGACACGCUUAGCAGUAUUUCAUCUGCCUUCACGUUCUGAGUUCAAAUGCCACUGGGGCCAACUUUGCUUUUCAUCCUUGUGGGAGGUCGAUAAAUUAAGUACCAGUUAUGUACUGGAGUCGAUGUAAUCGACUCAUCCCCUUUCCCCAAAUUUUGAGCCUCUUACCUAGAGUAGAGAGGAUUAAGGCAGUGAGGUGGCAGAAAUGUUAGCACUUGAAUGUCAGACACCUUGCCAUGCUAUAUUUCAUCACAUCCUUCUACAUGAUGAGUUCAAAUCCUGCCAUUUAAUCUUUAAUCCAUCCAGGGCCGAUAGAAUAAUCUUCUACUUACGUAAUUCCUUACCUAAUUUUUAUAGGUGCGGAUGUGGCUGUGUGGUAAGAAGUUUGCUUCCCAACCACAUAGUUCCAGGUUCAAUCCCACUGCUUGGCAUGUUGGGUAGGUGUCUCCUAUCCUAAGCUCGGGGUGACCAAAGCCUUGCAGGCAGAUUUGAUAGACGGGAAAUGAAAGAAGCCCAUCAUAUGUGUAUAUGUGCAUGUGUGUGUGUGUGUGUGUGCGUGCGUGUGUGUGUAUGCCCUUGUGUCAUUCCUCCUCCCCUGCCAACUGCUCAGUAACUGGUGUUGGUGUGUUUAUGUUCCCAUAAUUUAACAGUUCAGCAAAAGAGACCAAUAAAAUAAGUACUUGGCUUAAAAAGAAAAAGAAUAACCACUGGGGUAGAUUCAUUCAGCUAAAAAUUCUUUAAAGCAAUACCCCAACAUGGCCACAGUCUAAUGACUAAACAAGUAGAAGAUAUAAGAUUAAACACUGAGAUAAAUCCAAUUGAUCCUUCCCUUACCUUUCAUAAUUUUGCCCCUAUUUUUUUAUCUUCAAAGGACUCAUUCAUGUCAAUCAUUUUGUGAACUAUCAUCUCCCUACUUUCCUUACUUGCUUUUCUUUGUUUUUCAAGUGGUGACUUUCUCUUUCAUCCUUUCAGAAUCAAUAAAAUACAAACCAGUCAAGUACUGGAGCUGAGAUAAUCAACUGCAUCAUCCUCCAGAAUGUAUGACCUGUGCCUAGAUUUAGAGAUUAUUAUGGCCCUUUACUUCUUGAGUUCAAAUCCCACUUGGGUGAACCUUGCCGUUUAUUCUUUAAAGUUUGAUGAAAUAAGAUACUUGUGAGGCUGACUACAUCUUCUUUCUGUCCAAAUAUAGUUUGGGCUUUGUACCAAUGUAAGAAAACAUUGUUUGAUGAAAACUCACAGCUUAUUUUGCUGGGUAUGAUGGAAAGCGUUGACUGUCCACAACCAGUAGACUAAGGUGACAUUUGUUUAUUGAUCAUGCUUCAAGAACUGUGGAGGAUGGACUUUUGCAGUUCCAAGCAAUGGGGAUUUUUGUAGGUGUUCUAUCUUCCCAUUUGUACCAAUCUUUUCCAAUUGUGUUGGUAGCUGAGUGUUGAUACUUCCAAGUGUGCCAGUUACUAUUGGUAUAACGUCCACUCUCUUUAUGGCCCAUCAUCUUCAUCAUCAUCAUCAUCGUUUAACGUCCGCUUUCCAUGCUAG